ACGUUACGUUACAACUGGUCGCGAAGUAAGGCGUAGGCUUAAAAAGUUACGCAACCGGUGCAGGUAUGGCCAACGCAGCAGCAGUCUACGCUACUAGCUCACUUCGACACCAUUGGAGAAGGCCAUCAUCAUCCAUCAGGGUUAGGGCAUCGACAUCCAUGGCCGCUACCCCUUCCACCACCACCACUACCAGUGUUGUUCCUGCAAUUAUCGUCGGAGGUGGACGUGUAGGAAAAGCCUUGCAGAGCAUGGGUACCGGCAAUGAUGUUCUUGUGAAGAGAGGUGAAUCAGCGCCUCUUGAUUUCCCUGGACCCAUCUUAGUCUGCACCAGAAAUGACGAUCUUGAAGCUGUGCUUCAAUCCACUCCUCAGUCUCGCUGGAACGAUUUGGUUUUCUUCCAGAAUGGAAUGCUUGAUCCUUGGCUCCAGAGUAAAGGCCUUGAGAAUGCAGACCAGGUAUUGGCAUAUUUCGCCAUCUCUAAGCUCGGUGAACCUCCCAUUGAUGGUAUUACAGAUACCAAUCCAGAGGGCUUGACUGCUGCUUAUGGCAAAUGGGCUUCUGCUGUAGCUGCAAGAUUACAGUCUGGUGGCCUUUCUUGCAAGGUGCUGGACAAGGAAGCUUUCCAGAAACAGAUGUUGGAGAAAUUGAUAUGGAUAUGUGCUUUCAUGCUUGUUGGAGCUAGGCAUCCGGGAGCCACUGUAGGGGUUGUGGAGAAGGAAUACCGUUCUGAGGUUGGUAGCCUCAUUUCAGAACUUGCUUCAGCUGCAGCGGCAGAGAAGGGUCUAGUGUUUGAAGAAGCCAUGGAGGAGAGGUUAUGUGCUUAUUCAAGAGCAGUUGCACAUUUUCCAACUGCUGUGAAAGAGUUCAAAUGGAGGAAUGGAUGGUUCUAUUCGCUCACCGAGAAGGCACUUGCCAAAGGGAAAUCAGACCCAUGCCCUUUACAUACAGCAUGGCUCAAGGAGCUGAAAAUUGUGUAAGAGAGAUAUUUUCAUAUGUUGUUUCCAAUCUACUUCAACUGCCUUGAACUAUUAAUGAGAAGAGUAGUUGAUUGAUGUCCUCUACAUUCUCUUUGGCCAACAUGCAGUGUCCCUCAGAAUUGUAACUUAUAAUACUCUAGAGGCUUUAUAAAAUCCAAUGCAACUAGUAUUUUGUUCUCUUCA